CAGCGUGUGUUACAAGGAGCCUGUAACUGCACAGUGGAGCUCAGUGAAAAUGGCGAGCUGGUGUGUUCGUGCAGUGAAACAGACCUACUCGCUUACAGCGUCACCUGCGCUCAGAAGAAGGUUUCCACGGUUGUUAUGCACUGCCACCCAGCAGAAGAAUGGCCAGGGGCCAGAGGAGGAGGCAGAGAAGCCGGAGCAAAGUGCAGCAGAGAAACAUCUGAUGGAGGAGAAGAGCCAGCUGGAGGUGCAGCUCAAGGACAUGACAGAAAAGUAUAAGCGGGCCUUAGCAGACACAGAAAACCUCCGGACAAGGAGUCAGAAGAUGAUAGAAGAUGCUAAAUUAUAUGGGAUCCAGGGCUUCUGUAAGGACCUGCUGGAGGUGGCUGACAUUCUGGAGAAGGCCACAGAGAGCGUGCCCAAGGAGGAGGUCACGAGCCAGAACCCUCACCUGAAGAACCUGUAUGACGGCCUGGUAAUGACUGAGGUCCAGAUCCAAAAGGUCUUCACCAAGCAUGGCCUGGUCAAGCUUAAUCCAGAUGGACAGAAAUUUGACCCCUACGAGCAUGAGGCCCUCUUCCAUGCGCCUGUGGGGGGCAAAGAGCCUGGAACUGUUGCCAUAGUAACCAAAGUAGGCUACAAGCUUCACGGUCGUACCCUCAGGCCAGCGUUGGUGGGUGUGGCCAAAGCCCACUAGAAGUGAUGCUAUAACACACAAAGUGGAAUUUGUAUUGUUGCCCUAAGUGAUGGAGGAGCUCAGGAACAGCAGACUGGUCAAAGAGAGUCAGAGAGACGAGAAUCCAACUGAACUGAACUUUGUAUUUGGACCACCACUUUUUAACAGAUACAUUUUCACUUAUACUCUGUCUGGCACAGGACAGUCUUUACUGUAGAAUUACAGCCUGCCAUCAAUCCAAUCCAGUCCAUCAUUGUCAGAAAUUGUUAAAAACAAAACUUGACCAAAUCCGAGGCUUUCAAGUCUUCCCCCACGACCAUAAAUCUGAACUGAGAGAGGUGCAGAAAAGGUUUUUAAAAAUUAUUAACCCCUCUAAUUUUGAGACUUUGUGGGUCAGCCAUGAUGUAAAAUCCAUCUACAAAUUGAGAAGUGCUGAUUCUGAACUGUUGGUAUUCAUCCUAAUAAUCUUGAACUCCUCAAUUGUCUUUCCUUAUUGUGAGUUUAAAAUUGGUUCUGUGAAUGAGGUGAGGAAUCUUAAGAAAGAUACCUUUAUCUGUAAAUUAGAAUAAUUAUGUUUAUGGACCUUUGUCCAAACUGUCACAGUAUCAGAAUAAAUUGAUUAACAUUGAAA